AUGUGGUGCGGUUCAUUUUUCACCAUAUCAAGCUAUUUCCUGCCCAAGUACGAGAAAUCCUGGACAAACCUACGUCGAGAAAAUCGCGUCUACUCAUACGAAGUUCAGAUGGACAUUCUGGCGGCUCAGCGUGAGCGCGAAGCUAGUCUACGUCAAAAAUCCGCUAUUUCGGCUGCUGGUGGAUUGCGACCAAUCCUUGAGCAAAUUGGCGACCGGUUGACUCAAACACAACCUCUGAUUGUUGAACGUUUUUCUAAGCCGGUUCCUGAUUUUUAUGCUCCUACUCAGCGAGGCGGGCAUAUGCGUGCCAUCAAAGGCUUGAGGCAGUGUGGUAAAUAA